AUUAUACGCACAUAAUACAUAAUGAAUCAAUUAUACGCACGUAAUAAUACUGACAUGUUUGUCCCAGUGUGGACACCGUAGGUGGGAAAGGCUCGUUGCCUAACAACACGAAACAUUGUGAAUCUCAGCACAGCUUUGGUAAACAAUGAAAGUGAUGCUCUGAACAUGUCCAGCAGCAGAGAAAAAGCAGCUUCUAGUCGAGUGCUAAACUUCCUGUGCGAGUGGGAUCGUGGGAAUAAAUCCACUCGCAUGCGAAUGCUUCAGAAUUUCCUGCAGGAGAACACAGGAAAGACGAGUCCUGAGCUGGAGCUAGAGUUCGCUCAGGCUGCCAGUCUGUUCCUCACUCGCAUCAUGGCCUGGAUGAGACUCACCUACAUGUUCAGCACCUGUCUGCAACUUCAGCUCAGAGCGCUGGGAGUCUUCCUCUCUGCUGCCAGCAAUCACCAGUAUCUGUUGGAGUUCCUGGAGGUGGGAGGUGUUAUGACUCUUUUGGAGAUUAUCAGUCAGAUGGAGACCAGUGAGGAGGAGAAAGCUGAAGCUCUGCGUCUGCUCUGCAUCGUCUCUAACGCUGGACGCAAGUACAAGGAGAUCAUCUGUGAAAGCCAUGGAGUGAAGGUUGUAGCAGAGUGUAUGGUGAAGUCAGACUCUGAGGAGACGCAGCACACAGCGUCCCGUCUGCUGGAGUCUCUGGCUCACGGAAACCCCACAUACCAACAACAGGUUUAUGAAGGACUCGUCUCUCUACUGACCUGCAGCUCACCUACAACUACACAACUCACACUACACACUCUACACACUGUCCAGGUCGUAGUAAAGACGCCUCAUCCUGCUGUCGUGGAGCCGUUGUUGAAUCUGCUGAGCUCUCUCCAGCUGGAGGUUCAGUAUGAAGAAAGUGCUUUUGUCCUCAAAGCUUUAGAGCUGAUUAAAUAUCUACAGCACACGGAGGUGAGAGAAGCUCUUCUCAGCGCUCUGAUCGCUCUGCUCAAACCCACCAAGGUCCUGCAGGAUCCAGUGAUGGAGAAGAUGAAUGACUUACCGCUCUUCAUACAGCAGGCAGCAGCAGCUAAAGCCCUAAGGAUGUUGGCUGUGGAGAGCCGUGAGACGUCUGAAGAACUGAUCCGUCUUGGAGUCGUGCACCAUUUACUGUAUGCCAUGGGCAACCAGGAGCACGCUGAUGCUCAGAGACAGGCCAGCCUGGCUUUAAUGCAUUUUGUGAGCUCAUUCCCUGUGGUUGAGAAACACGUGUGUGGGGCCAUGGGCCCGGCUCUGUUCAACUCAUUUAUGCAUAACGCUGAGCUGCUCUACAUGAACAUGGAUGAAAUUCAGGCUGAUAUCUUACUGAGCAACAAAGUGGAUAUUUCAAGAGAAUUCGGAGAUCAGAGCCCAAAGUCCUGAGCAUCACCACAAGCUCCUGUAUGUAUUGUACGUGACCGGACACGCGUGAGGUCGCAGUUUAUCUCCAAUAAACACGUGUGUGGAAGGAAGCAGAAACUGAUAGAGUCAUUUUGAUCAUUUGAUUCGACUCAUUUAUGUGUCGACUCUUAUGACUCUCGACGGUUCAUUGCAAUCUUUCGUGUUUAUGUAAUGUUUUUUAUAGAGUUUAAUAAGAUAACAUCACUUUAUGAUAAAACGACAAACAAAAGGACAGAAAACAGACAGAAAAAAACAACAGAAAUAAAUAAAUAAAGACGUGA